AUGUCAUUCAAACACGUCAAAGUCCUGAUGCUAGGAAACUUUUCAUUCUCCAAGGACGUCCAGCCACGUCUCGCUGAAAAGUACACUCUCAUGGUAUCCGACGAACCAAACCGUGCUGCUUUCCUAGACGCUUGCAAGGCUGGCAAAUACGAUGGUACCCAAGUCCUCAUAAAGACCUUUGCUGGUGGAUUACGUGUCGCUGCUCCAAAGGGUGCUGAUGCUGAAUGGUUGGACGCCCUACCAAAGUCUGUGAAGCUAAUUGUUAAUGUCGCCGCUGGUUAUGAUGAUUGUAAUGUUGACGAGAUGACUAAACGGGGUAUCUGGCUUACAAAGACUGAAGUUUCUACUGGAACUGCAGACAUUGCCAUGUUCUUGCUAUUGGCUACGUUCAGAAACACCAAUGCAGGCCAGAAGCAUAUCCGAGAGGGUGGAUUCAGAGAAUACAUGCAGAUACCAAACGAUCUUGGAAAUGAUCCCAAAAACAAAACGCUUGGUAUCCUCGGCUUUGGCUCGAUCGGCAAAGACGUAACCAAGAAAGCCCAAGCAUUCGGCAUGAAUGUCAUCUACUACAAACGUACACGUCUACCUGCUCAAGAAGAGCAAGAACUCAACAUUCGACAUGUAUCAUUCGACGAACUGAUAUCCACAUCACAUUGUAUAUCUGUGCAUGUGCCCUUGUCUGCUGAGAGCCGUCAUCUUAUUGGACCGAAACAAUUUGAGAUGAUGAGGGAUAAUGUUCGGAUUGUUAAUACUGCUAGGGGAGCAGUCAUUGACGAAACAGCACUAAUCGAAGCCAUCAAAUCCGGAAAAGUUUUCGCAGCAGGUCUAGACGUAUUUGAAUUCGAGCCAAAGAUACCUGAUUUCUUACGAAACCAUCCUCGAGUUACUGCAGUGCCGCAUAUCGGUGGUGCUUCGAUUGAAACAUUAGAGGAGUAUGAAGGGCAAGCGGCUGAUAAUUGUGAGGCUUUUAUCACUAGAGGUGUUGCUCUGACACCUGUAAACAAUCCAUCUCCAUCAAACACGUCCAAAGUAUAG